AUGGGGUCCGGGAUCCUGCAGCAGAAUCGUCGUAAGGGUCACACAGAGGGUGCAAAGAAACGGAGACAGAGAGAGGAUGAGAUGAGAGAUGCGGGGGAUGAUGCACUGGCCACGCUGCGGAAUGUUUUGGUGCCGCGGAGAAAGAGAACAGACAUUGUGAGAGGGCUGGUUGCUUUGGCAUACCAAGAGCUGGUUGGUUCACCGUUCCGAGAAGCAUUACGAAAGAUCUGGAUCUUGGCCGAAUCGCAACCUGCCCGCAUUGACGGCCUCGGUACGGAUCGAGCUUUCCCCGAGGUCGCACCAAGUCCAUAG